AUGAAGUUUAAGCUAGCAGUAGUUUCUUGCCACUUCUUGCGUCUAUUUAUGUUCAAUGUUCUUACAAACCUAUCUGACAAAGUAAGUCCUAACGAUGUCGCAACUAGAUUAAUGAGAGUGGCCAAGACCAAAAUGGACAGAGAACAAAAAACAGACAUUAAGAAACGCUUACGGUCAAAAAAGAAAGAGAUGGUAACAAGUGCCAUCUACAGCUCGGAUUUCUCUACAGACGAUAUUAGAAUGGUACUUAAAGAAAUAAAACUGAAUAAAGCAGCUGGGUUUGAUGGUAUAUAUUCGGAAUUUUUUAAGCAUAGUGGCCAUAAAACGCAAGCAUGGCUAGCUGCUUUUUGUAGUGACAUCUUGGACACGGCGUCUUUGCCGAACUUGUUCAAAUGUAGCAUUCAUUGA